UCGCUACUCCUAUUCUGAGAUCCUUUAUGAGUACAGGGCCUGGUUCAUUUGAAAGAUUACAUCCUGAGACAUUGAAAUCAGUAGAAAAACUGACUUCAGACUCACACAAAGACCACAAACACACACACAUCCCGCUCCUAUUCUUUUCCACACAGUGGCAGGAAGUUGUCCACAUAUCCGCAGUGCUUCUGAAGAAGAAUUAGAGAGAGGGAGGUGGAUUGUAGCAGCACUGGAGGAUAGAGUGUACACUUUAGACAUAAACUGUUCACACGGUCCAAUUGCGAACGCGGUCUUCUCCAGAAGAUACCCAGAGAGAUACCUCACGACACUUUGGCGGAGUACAGACCUGCCGGACCUGCCAUAGCCGGACCAAGGCAUUGGACCUAGUAACUGCACUGGUAAAGCUCGGAGGAUAGUGGGAGAGAGUAGACUACUGCCGUCUCCAUCCUCCUCUCUGGGACCUGCUUGGCCCAAUGAUGCUGGUGCUGUGGACAGCUGUUCUGUUGGGUUUGAGCAGGUGGUGUCAAGCAGCAGCGUCUCCCGGGGGUGACCCCUGGGCCCAGUGUCCAUCCAGACAGUGUAAGGCCAAGUUUGGAGAUGGGUCAUGUGAUAAAGAGUGCACCGAGCCUGAGUGUCUGAGGGACGGGUUCGACUGUCUGAGGGACAAAGGACGCUGCAAUUCAGGCCACAUCCACUACUGCCGAGACCACUAUGCCAACUCUUACUGUGACCAGGGCUGUGAAAGCGCCGCCUGUGGCUGGGACGGGAGUGACUGUCACAGGCACCACAGCCCUCUGUGGGCAAAGGGCACCCUGCUCCUGCAAACCCACGUCCCCCUGCAACACGGCACAUUUUCCAACAGUUCCCUCCUCUGGGCCCUCAGCACCCUCCUGCAGACGCCCCUCAGAUUGCGCGGCAUGGUGCCCCUUGACCCCAGCAAGGACCUCUUCACCUUUAAUCCCCAGCAGCUCGAAAACCUGCUGGCUCAAGCUUCCUCGGAUGACUCAAAUGGCUCUCUCCUAUUCCUGCAAGUGGAUAACAGGCCGUGCUCCCGUCUUCCUUCUACCUGUUUCCCAUACGCCAUCGAAGCAGCUAACUUCCUGCGGGCUGCUACGUCGUCGACUCGUGUGUCGGUCCCCUCUCACCCAGAAUUAAAGGCCAUUAUUAGUGUAAGAGGGAUUGGGGAGGAAAUAGGAGGGAGAGAGGAGGACCCAGUUGAGGAAAAAGAGGAAACUAAUGGAGCAACACCUCCAUGGCUAUGGGCUGUGAUCGGCGUGGCAACGGGCCUGGUACUGGCUUUGGUCUUGAUGGUUGUCUUGGCGAUCAGAAGGGUGAGACGACGACGAGCGGAGAGGGAGGGAGGAGAGAGGGUUAGGCACAGAUCCACUGUCACUGAGAAUGACAGCGGAGCCAAUGCGGCCAAGGCAUGGGCACAGCACACACCCCACCGAGAGCGGAGGGGCAGGACAGGGAGAGAGAAAGACAGGAAUGGGAUAAAGAAGAAGAAAGCAAAGGAGGCUGAGAAGAAAAGACGCAGAGAUCCACUGGGGGAGGAUGCCCUUCGACUGCAGCCCUUGAAAAAGGACCUGGAUAUUGGAAGUGACACUGACUUUACCCAGAGUUCUAUGGAGGACAUCAACAGGUCCAUCUGUGACCAUCGAACGCAAGAGCAGAAGCACUACCGCAGCCCUCCGAGCCACCCACAAUCACCCACACAAACUCCACUUUUAGCCCCCCCAAGAGGAUGGGAGAGAAAUGCUGUCCCGUCGCCACAUCACAGAACACCCAAUCAAUCUGGUUCGGUUCAGUGGUGUGGUCCAGAUGGGUCAGUGGUCCUGAUUCGUGCGGUCCGGAGUGGGCUUGACCGCGUGGUUCUGGAGCUGCUACGAGCUGGGGUGCCGGUCAACAACACAGACCACACUGGGAGAUCAGCCCUCCACUGGGCAUCCUCAGUUAACCACCUUUCCUUGACAAGAACCCUCACUCGCUACGGUGCUGCGGUGGACCUACAGGACAACAAGGGUGAGACUGCUCUGUUCCUCUCCGCCCUCCACGGUUGCUACGACACCGCCCGGUUCCUGCUCCUGAACGGGGCCAAUCAGGAUCUGUCUGAUCGCAGAGGACGCCGGGCACUGGAUGUUGCCCAAGAGGGCAUGCAUCAUCAAGUCCUGGAGCUCCUAUUGGCUCACAGGGUUCAGAGAGGGCCUAUUCCUAUGGAGCAAGCCAAUGAUAUGCUGUGGGAUGAGCGUGCCUUGCUGUAUAGCCAAUGGGUGAAUUCCCCUGGGCUCCCUGGGAGAAGUGCCUCCUUCUCUGGUGUCAUAGGGCAUCGGGAUAUGUCUUCGCCUCCACCAAGUGAUUGGUCAAUGGGCGGAAUGCAGUGCCCUUCCCCUCAGAACUGGCGGCCACAGCUCAACCAAUCAGUGACCGCAUUGGUCACCCCAAGAAUCAUGGGGCGUCCCCCACGGCCAAUCAGCACUCUGCAGGAAGUUACCUCAGAGGACGAAGAUCGUGAAAGGCCCCAGGAAGUCCCGAGAGCAGCGACACCGCACUUCCUGUUACCCCAGCCUGCUCCUCGACAGCGGUCCUUCUCCUGUACCCAGAAUGCAAUGCAGCGUCACUCCAUUUCACAGCAGCCCGAACCGACUUAUGUUGCCUUAUCAGAGAAAAUUGCCAUAGAUGAGCCCAUAGAAAGAGUGAUCGUAGUCCCUCCUACAGAUGCUCCCACCAAAUCAAAUCGUAGAUCAAUAGUCGAUAGUAGCGAUAACCCCAACAGGGCGGCGCAAGAGAUUGAGACAGCAAGUUUUAAAAAGGCAGACCAGAAAGCCCGAAGUGAGAAGCUAAAUAACCACAUGCCGGACUCUAAACAAACAGCUUUGUAAAGGAGAGGGCUCUGCUAAAAUUACCCCAAAUACCAUGUCAAUCAUGUGCUUUUUACAUUUUCUGUAACAGGCUCCUUGCCCCUAAAUAACAGCAGAUUGACAGACGGGAUAUAAACUCAGUCAAUAAAUGAGUAACUUAAUUUACUCUAAAUAUCUAAAUCAAUAAACUAUGAAAUGAUUCAUGUGCAAUUAUUUUUUUCAUCUGCCAUAUUAGGGAGUGGCCCGUCUCUCUUAUGCUGAUAUCAACCAAUCAAGACAGACCAACAGACUGUGAAUACAGAGACUUUAUUGUAAAAGAGGUAGAGAGAAUACAGGUGUUUUUCACUCACUGUACAGAAUGACAGCACUGUUGAUAUACUCAUUCAAACCGUUAAUAUAACCAGCACACACACUUCAUUCAUGAUAUAGACACACAGACAAACAAGCCCAGUAGAAAAGAGAAAACAAACACACUAAAUCUUUGGAUUUUCUAUAUUGCCCCCACAUCCUCUAAAUGCAACUAUAUCUGAGCUUUAAACGAAAAUCCUAAAAUAUUUGUAAUAACAGCAUUAAUAAUAUAGCCUAAUAAAACAAUGGUAACGCAAUUUCCCAAGCCUCUCUGCCUACAUACCACAGUAACAUAUAAAGUAGUGGAAAACAAAAACCCAUGAUCCCAAUACAAAACAUCACACACACAUACUCAGCUCAUACAAACAUAAUGAACAGUAUCAUUGGACAGUAAGAAACUGAAAAGACAUACAAAAACUGCAGCCAAGUAAGAGUGAUAUCAUUCUUUCAGUCUUUUUCCGUUGUCAAUCUUUCCAUCUAUGUCAUCGACCCAAAGGGGGCGGGGCCAUCAGUCAGAGUCCCCCGAGUGGUCCUUUCCCGGGGAAGUGGCAGAGGGGGGUGUGUUUUGCCCUUGCCAGUUCCCAUUAGUCUGCAAAAGAGAAAAAGACAUGGUGACUUGUAGUGGCAUUAACCUACAUUAACCCCUCUCCACUCCAAUACAACUCAUCCCCAAGGUUGUUGUUGUGAAUGAGAAUGUGAUCUCAAUUAGCUACGAGCUAAAAUAAAGAUGAUAUGUAACAUGAA